CCCUGUGUCAGUCCACACACCUCUGGUGCACACAUUUACAGAUGUUUCAUUCAUUUUCAGUACUGCUCUCCUGCACAUAGUACAGUGUCAUACACUCCACACUCAUCAUCUGCACAGCCUGCCACUAUCUCCUUCUCUCCUGCACACAAUACUCACUAUCCUGCACAUACCACCAUAGCCUCCAUUCUACUCUCCUAUGCAUACUACUGUCAUACACUUCUCAUUACUUUUCUGUCCAUACUAACUCCCCUUAUACCCUCCACAUUGUUCUUACAUUUAUUACCCAGCAUACGCCACACUGCAUCCCCACAUACUGCUCACUGUCAUACCGCCCACACUCCUCUCCUGUACAUACCGCCCACUGUCAUACCCUCAACACUCCUUUCCUGUACAUACUGCCCACUGUCAUACCCUCCUCACUUCUCUCCUAUACAUACCACCCACUGUCAUACCGUCCACACUCCUCUCCUGUACAUACUGAUCACUGUCAUACUCUCCACAAUCCUCUCCUGUAUACACCUCCCACUGUCAUACUCUCCAUACUCCUCUCCUGUACAUACUGUCCUCUGUCAUGCCCUCCCCACUCCUCUCCUGUACAUACUGCCCACUGUAAUUUCCUCCACACUCCUCUCCUGUACCUACUGCCCAUUGUCAUAUCCUCCACACUCCUCUCCUCUACAUACUGAUGUCCUGCACAUAGUACAGUGUCAUACACUCCACACUCAUCAUCUGCACAGCCUGCCACUAUCUCCUUCUCUCCUGCACACA